GCGUAUAAUCGUUAACACCCGGUGGAGAAGAGAUAAAAAGUGUAACAUCAGACCAGUGGAGCUUUAGUACCUCUCAACUCUGCUGUGACGAACGUGAGCCUGCCAAGACUCAAACAUGUCCAUCCUAUACGCACUCCUGGUCUGCCUACCAGCCUUGACAUUGGCGCAGCAAUUCCACAUCUACCCUUACGACCAAAAUGCAGCAACAGGAUUCAGCCAUGCUGAUUUCAACCAUGAUGGCGUCUUCGACAGAAGCGAACUAGACCAUAUUUUCAGGGACAUCGACGCCAACCGCGAUGGCUCCGUCUCCUUCCGCGAGUACAGCGAUAGCGUCAACUACCACGGCCACGACGCCCACACCACCCACGUCCUUCACGCCAUGUUCGACGCCUAUGACGUCAACAACGAUGACGUGGUCAACCAUCACGAUUUCGACCUGUUCUUUUCACUGGCUGACAAUAACGGAGACAACCUUCUAGAAAGAAACGAGUUCAUUCACUAUGUCGCCACCAUUUUCGAGAUUGCAGACAACGCUUAAUCUUUGCUGAGCAGGACAAGUCAAGUAAGCCAUGUAAAACCAAGUAAAAUUCACCGUGUCUACGGAUGUAGUUAUAAUGAUGUUAACAAGUAAUUAAAAUAUUUUCAAACAA